UUGUGUCUCUGGACUCCAGGAGCGCUUCUGUUUUACCGGAAUCUUUGGGUAAAAUUCAGGUAUAAAUUAGAGCUCUCAUGAUUACUCAAUUGCUCCAUUAUUAAAAAGCUUCGAUUAAUAAUAAUUUCCUUCUCGAUUCCUCUGCAAUGUGGCAGAACGAAGACGGGCGCAUAUCAAAUGGGUCCAAAUAAAGCCCUCCGUUGUGUGGAAGCACUUCGCGUUAAUAGCGGAUGAAAAUGCAGUCGUCUGUCAGUAUCGCGAAACAGAACUUGAAUAUCACCACAGCACAACUGCAAUGCAAAUACAUCUUAAAAGAAGAUAUUCAGGUUUAAUGGACUCGCCCAAUAAUGCGAGGUUAGCCAACUAUAUGUGCCAUAUACGCAUCUGAGUAGCCUAGCUUGUCUUUGUCAUUACUUUAACUCAAAUUAUUUUGCUUAGUUUAUGAUUCCUGCAUGUCGAAGUAACUCUUGGUAACGAAGGUUAGCCCCGUCGCUUAGCUGCAUCAAUUUACAUAAUCACCAUAUAAUAUAAAUUACUUUUUUUAUGAACAUACAGGGCUGAACAUUGGAAAAUGUUUUUGUGAUAUUUAGGAGUUGAAAAUGAACUAUAUAACCAAAUAGAACUUAUCUACCAACAGAAUGUCAAAAAAGUCGGUGGUUUUGCCCUGAGUUAUGCCAACAGACACAAAGCAGUACUGAUGACAUCCCCUGCUUUUGCUCAGUAUCAUCUCUGUGGAAUCCAAAAUAUUUUCAUACAGUGGAAGAUUACGGUAAUGUCUUUUGGUGACCAGUUUUUGUUUGCUUUUCUCCUUUUCACUCAUUUUUGUUUAAUUUCACAAUACACUGUAUUCCAGUGAGUGCAACAGCAAGCAUAAUUACAUUUUUUUUUAAACAUAUACUAGAUUACACUGAAAAGGAACCACUAUUAAAAUCGCAAAACUUAAGUUUUGUUUCCUAUGACUGAGCAGUGCAACUUAUUGAUGGGUUGAACCCAGCAGUCUCGGUCCUUGUGAUGUGACAGCUGCAUGUUCAUGAAAUGGCGCGUUAAUAUUAACAUUACACAUCGUGCAAGAUUCUUUGUGUGUGUGGAGUUCACAUGUUCACGCUCUGUAUGUGUGUGUUGGCAGAUCCUCCGGUUUCCUUCUGCUGUCCAAAACCAUGGAAUGUAAGUGAGUUGAAGGGCCUAAACUGACUGUAUGAGUGAUUGAGUGUUCAACCUGCAAUGGUUGGUUUGAUUAGUGCCAAUUACAAUGUAUAUUCACCAGCGCCAUUCCUGUCAGGCUACAGUGGGCACGGGCUCACCAAAAGAUUGGAAAACACUGAUGGUCAGAUGAGUCUCAGUUUCGACUGCGAUAUUCAGAUGGUCGGGACAGAAGUUGGCGUAAACAACAUGAAAGCGUGGAUCCAUCCUGCCUUUUAUGAACAGUUCAGGCUGCUGGUGAUGUAAUGGUGUGGGGGAUAUUUUCUAGGCACACUUUGGGUCCCUUAGUGCCAACUGAGCAUCAUUUAAAUGCCACAGCCUACCUGAGUAUUGUGGCUGACCAUGUCCAUCACUUUAUGACCACAGUGAAUACCCACCUUCUAAUGGCUGCUUUCAGCAGGAUAACAUGCCUUGUCACAAAGCUCAUAUCUCUGGUUUCUUGAACAUGACAGUUCACUGUACUCAAAAGGCCUUCACAGUCAUCAGAUCUCAAUCCAAUUGAGCACCUGUGGGAUGUGGUGGAACAGCAGAUUCUCAUAACGAAGGUGCAGCCAACAAAUCUGCAGUAACUUCAUGAGGCCAUCAUGUCAGCAUGGACCAAGGCCUCUGAGGAAUGUUUCAGGCACCUUUUUGAAUCUAUGCCACAGACAGUUAAUGCAGUUCUGAUAGCAAAAGGGGAUCCAAUCUGGAACUUGCUAGAUGUACCUAAAAAGUGGCCAGUCACUGUACAUUAUAUUAAUUAUAUUACAUAUAAAUGAUUACUCGAUGAAUCGUCACAUUAAACAUCUGUAAAUAUAGAAACAAAUCAUUCCUCAUUAUUCUUUAAAACGUGCAUCAAGAUUAAUGAUAUAAGUACAAAGGUUUUUCCAUUUAUUGCAUAAUAUUUUUCUAUGUACUUCCCCAUUCCAGUCGGAAUGCUAAUGCGAGUCACUUCUCCUUAAAUAUGUCUGUGUUUUUGUGCUUAAGUCUCUCUUUACUCCCGGUUUAAGGAGAGGACAGCUACCUGCGCAUCAUUCACACUGUCUGGCUUACUGUUCCACUCUUUUUUUUUUGCCUAUCCUCCUCCAUUCAUCACCCUGUUUUGGUCUGUAGAAGCAGACACCCCGGUAUUAGCAUGCCUUGGUAAUAUCCCUGUUCAUGGGAAUUGAAGUACUUUCCUUAUACCUCCCACAAUCUUAGGCGGUUUUUAGCAUUGCAAGUGACUCCACUACCCAGAAAUGCAGAAUAAAAAGAAAAAACUGCUGUCUAUCUUCUCAGUUAUCAUCUUUCAUUAUCAGAACUUUACUCUUUUAAGUCUAAGAAUGACUGACCACCAGAAACCCCUUCUAGUAUGGAAAAGAAAAAAAAACACUUCAAGUAUUAAACAAAGACAAAACACUCCACACAGACAGAAGCCGAAUAUUGGAAUCAGUGGUGUGGAGGUAAUUCACCACAGAGACUCUGUAUCAGCGGGAACCCCCCUCUGGAGUGAACUGAAUCACCAUCCCAACAGACUCGGAGGGAGAGAUGGAACUCAGUGGGUUAUCUGAUGCUGGAUGUAACCCUGAAACUGAGGGAAAGGUCUGUAAAACGAGAGUCACCACCUCCUAGUCCUGCAGCUCUGAGAAGCAGAGAGUAGAAGAUGGCGGAAGAAUCUGUCGCACAAAAUAACUCAAGAAUCUGAGUGGAAAAAAAUUCCGUCAUCAAAAAAAAUAAACUGAUGUGUAAAUUAUUCUUUGGUUUCACACUCAAAGAGCCAGAUGCGGUUUUGGUGAAGGAUCUUCUAAGGGAAAACCACACUUGUGUAUGACAGGGUGGAGACUUUGCAAUUAAAUAUUUCCUCAUUGCAUCCCUUCUGAGAGCACAUCUUCCGCAAUCUGAAAAAGCCCACAAUGCAACGCGACGUCCCGGCGUGGUGACAAAUGACAGUCAUUUCAUCCCUGUGAAAAGCGGCUCACUGCAACCUGGUCUACAGAGAAGAUAAAUGUAUAAAUGGAGCAAUGGCGCGUACAUCCCCUCCACGGGGUGUCACAGGGUAACGACACGGAAGAAUGAAACACCUGAGAGCUGUCCUUGGAGGAAUCCUGCAGGGCAGUUUGUCACAGGCCAUUACGGAAAAAGCAAUAACCGGCGCAGAAUGAGGGGAGGCAGCGUCCGCGUCUCCGCGCGCAUCCCGGAGACGUGAAACGUCGUGCGGCGUAACCUUGAGAGUCACGCCGCGCGCGCCGAGGGAGCGGCGCCCUAGCUGUGAGGAGCCGCGGCUGGAGGAGGAUGCGCUCGCAAUCUCACUUCGCCUCAGGUGACCACAGUGUCCAAGGUUUUCAUCAGUGAAGUGGAAAUGAGCUGAAAACCUAAUGCGUGAAGAAACAAAAAUGCCACUAAUCAGAACUUACUUCCAAAACAGGGACCACGCUGGACUGUUUAUAGCUGCUGGUGGUUCUUUUUCUCUGGACACUGUUCAGCAGCAUGGGUGGCGAAAAGCAGUAUAAAAAUGGAAGGAGGAAAAGCAAGACGAGGAGGCUUGAUGACGAUGACCAGUACAGUGGCGACGUGACAAAGAGUAAAAAAACACUGAAGAAAACAAGCAAAGUCGACAAGAGGCCUAAAAGUGAAGAAAUGGAAAAACCGCUUAAGAAGGGAGAGACCCCAGAAAUUGAGGUCCUUGACAUCAAAAAGGAGAACUUUGAGAGAGCUCUUGGCCAACCAAAGUCCGAGGAUAGUGACUUCCAGAUGGAGAAGAAGAAGGGGAAGAAGAAACGGAAGGAUGAUGACUUCCGGGUGGAGAUGAAGGGGAGGGGACAGAAGAGACGGCGAGAGAGUGAGCGGACAGAGGGAGUCUCCGACCUGGCAGAGGGACACACGGCGGAAAAGAAUAGGAAAGUAAAGAGGGAGGAAGAGGAACAGGUGGAUCAGGCUCCUGAAAUGAAGAGGAAAAAGAAAGUGAAGGAUGAAAUCGACAUGGAGGCCAAGAUAGGGAACGAGGGGCAAGCAGUGUCUGUAAAGAGGAAGAAGACUAAAGAGGAGUUGGAGGCUGCGAAGGUUCUGAAGAUGAAGAAGAAGGAGGAAGAGGAGCAACAGCGAUGGCGAUGGUGGGAGGAAGAGAAGUACCCGGAUGGCAUCAAGUGGAAGUUCCUGGAGCACAAGGGGCCCUACUUCCCCCCAGAAUAUCAGCCCCUCCCUGACGACGUUCGGUUCUUCUACAACGGAAAGGCAGUGAAGCUCAGCCCUGCUGCUGAAGAAGUGGCACUCUUCUUUGCCCAGAUGCUGGACCAUGAGUAUACAACCAAGGAUGUGUUUCGCAACAACUUCUUCAAAGACUGGAGGAAGGAGAUGACUCAUGAGGAGAGGAAGCUGAUAACCCACCUGGAGAAGUGUGACUUUGGAGAGCUCUUCCAGAUGCACAAGGACAAGGUGGAGGCCCGUCGCAAUAUGAGCAAAGAGGAGAAGCAGAUCAUCAAGGAGGCCAAUCAGAAGAUAGUGGAAGAGUUCGGCUACUGCGUUCUCGACAGCCACCGCGAGCGCAUCGGCAACUUCAAGAUCGAGCCGCCGGGCUUGUUCCGUGGUCGGGGGGAGCACCCCAAGCAGGGCAUGCUCAAGAAGAGGAUAAGGCCAGAGGACAUCAUCAUCAACUGCAGCAAGGACUCCCACGUCCCCGAGCCUCCCAUGGGUCACCAAUGGAAGGAGGUCCGGCACGACAACACGGUGACGUGGCUGGCCAGCUGGGCGGAGAAUGUGCAGGGGUCGUGCAAGUACAUCAUGCUCAACGCCAACUCCAAGCUGAAGGGUGAGAAGGACUGGGAGAAGUACGAAGUGGCCCGGAAGCUGACGACCUGUGUGGAUUCGAUCCGCUCCCAGUACCAGCAGGACCUGAAGUCCAAACAGAUGAAAACGCGGCAGCGGGCCGUGGCACUUUACUUCAUCGACAAGCUGGCCCUGAGAGCGGGUAACGAGAAGGAGGAGGGCGAGACGGCGGACACAGUGGGCUGCUGCUCGCUGCGCGUGGAGCACAUCGCUCUCCACGAGCGGCUGGACGGCGACCAGCACGUGGUGGAGUUCGACUUCCUGGGUAAAGACUGCAUCCGCUACUAUAACAAAGUGCCCGUGGCCAAGAAGGUCUUCAAAAAUCUGAGGCUUUUCAUGGAGAAUAAACAGGAGGGAGAUGACCUGUUUGAUCGUCUCACCACUUCCGAGCUGAACAAGCAUCUCAGCUCUCUGAUGCUUGGGUUGACCGCCAAGGUUUUUCGAACCUACAACGCCUCCAUCACCCUGCAGCAGCAGCUACGAGAGCUCUCAAACGCGUCGGACAAUCAAGCCCAGAAACUGCUCUGCUACAACAGGGCGAAUCGAGCGGUUGCAGUUCUCUGCAACCACCAGCGGGCGCCGCCAAAGACUUUCGAGCAGUCCAUGGCCAAUCUGCAGGCCAAGAUUGACAGCAGAAAGGAGCAGCUGGCACAGGCCAAGGGUGAGCUGAAGCAGGCAAAGAAGGAAGCCAAGGAGAACUCAGAUAAGAAGCUGCUGGCUGUGAUGGAGAAGAAGAAGAGGACAGUUCAGCGAUGUGAGGAGCAGUUGUUGAGGAUGGAGGUGCAGGCCACCGACAGGGAGGAGAAUAAGCAGGUAGCCCUGAGCACCUCCAAGCUUAACUACCUGGACCCACGCAUCAGCGUUGCCUGGUGCAAGAACAUGGACGUGCCCUUGGAGAAAAUCUAUAACAAAACUCAGAGAGACAAGUUUGCCUGGGCUGUGGACAUGACUGAAGCCGACUUUGAGUUCUGAAGGCCUUUUUGUGUGUCCAGUGAUCACAUUUUCCAUGCACGAUACACUGUUUCCAGUUUUAUUGCAUUUUUAUUUAUUUUUAAACAUUUUCAUCAAUAUUUUAUAGUAUGAAAAUAUUCCUUUAAAUUCCUAAUAAAGUCUGUUAUUGAAGUCAUGAAUAUUGUAUCGAUAGGUUGUCAGAACUAUAGUGAUCUGAAAGCUUAUUUGAGUCUGUCAGAGACUCUGUACUCUAAAAUACUGUAUUCACUACCCUGCAGAUUUGCCCAUAUUAUUUUUAAAAGAUUUACACUGCAAUGCAGGAUAUUGCAUUUUACUUGAUUUGUCAGAUCUUCCCUUAGACCAUCAAUGGUUCAUAAAAGUGUCAUAUUUUUUAUUUUUAUUAAUUUUCCCAGUACAGAUCAUUUGCUACUUUUGUAGAAUAAUGGCAGGCUAAACGAUUGCCAAAUGACAGUCUCCAGUUUCAAAAGUACCAAAGAUUUAAAGAUGCACUGAUGGUUUCAGCCAAUACAGCAACAAUCAGCCAUCGGCUGAUGAUUACAAAGCCGAUAUUUAAUGCCGAUAAUCCCCUUAAAAAAUGGUAAACUAUAUUGCUUUGCACACCGGCAUACUAAACAUUUAGAAAAA